AUGAAAAGAUUGAUUUGCGUACUACAGUUGAUCCCUGUUGCUCUACAAGUGAAUGAAGACAAGGACGUCAACUUCUGGAACCGCAUUGGGAAAGAAAAUGUGGAACGAAAGUUGAAAAGAUAUCCGUAUAUAUUAAGAGAAAAGAAGCCGAAAAAUGUGAUUUUGUUUAUUGGAGAUGGGUUGGGUAUUUCAACGUUGACAAGUGCAAGAAUACAUAAUAAUCAAGCAUCAAACCAUGGAUAUCUCACUAAAUCGAUGUUUUUCGAGAACUUCGACGCUGUAGGACUUGUAAAGACAAGCUCCAUAGAUCAUCACGUAACGGACUCAGCAGCUGGUGCAGUGUCAUUCUAUACGGGGUGGAAAGCGGAAUCUCAUAGACUGGGUUUGAAGCCAGGUACCAAGACUUUUUGUACUAACGAUAACACAAUGUGGAUCACUGACGGGAUUGCCGAGGGUGCUUUGGAUAAAGGUAUGGAAGUUGGCUUCGUCACGAAUACAAGAGUAACCCAUGCUACUCCUGCUGCGCUUUAUGCAAAGGGCGUUCACAGAAAAUAUGAGUUUGAUGAUGCAGGAAAAGAAUUUGCGAAUUGCACUAUCGUCGACAUUGCACUACAGCUCCUGUCGUAUCCAGCAAACAAAUUCAAGGUGCUAAUGGGUGGAGGUAAGAGCAACCUCAGAAGUACAAGUAAUGGAGGAAAACGGAAAGACGGACGAGAUAUUGACAUCGAGUGGAGUAACUUGGGCGGAAAAAGACGAGUAAUGCUGUCUGUAGAAGACUUACAUGAGGUGGUGUCAGAGGACGAGAAAUUGCUAGGCUUAUUCGCCGACUCGCAUGUUCGGGAACCGAGCAACCACUCGCUCCCACGUCUGUAUGAGAUGACCGUGAAAGCGAUAAAACAGCUACAAAGUGGUGAAAAUGGAUUCUUCUUAAUGGUGGAAGGUGGAUUAAUCGACGUCGAACAACAUGUAAAUCGCCUGUAUCCAGCAUUCAGGGAUGUACGCGAAUUUGAUCUCAGCAUACAAAAGGCGAGAGAAAUGACUGAUCCUUCCGAAACGUUGAUCAUUGUCACCGCAGACCACGGGCAUGCUCUCACCUUGCCAGGUUGGCUCCCCGUUGAGGCGAGCUUAUUCGAGAACGAUUUCGUUAAAAGUGCUAAAUCAAAGGAGGAAGUAUAUUUUGUACCGGCUAUGUUAUUUGCUACCGGUCCUGGUUAUCGUGGUAGUUUUAAAGUGAAAGAAGUCUUGAUACAUGAAAAAGAACUAAGGUCGUGGAAUUAUCAGCAGCCCACUGCUAUUCCGCAUGAUUAUGGUUCACAUGGAGGAGAAGAUGUCGGCAUCUGGGCGGAUGGCCCUUACUCACAAUUGUUCUCUGCAAGCCUAGAAAACACUGAAAUAGCUUAUCUCAUAAAGUUUCUACUUUGUAUGAAAGACAUUGACAACACUAUUUGUGAUAGGGCAUUAAAAGGCAGUGCUGCCCCUAGCUUCUUGCAAGAAACUACUGUCAUAUAUCUAGCUCCUAUAAUUUGUGCAGCUAUAUUAUUGCUGUUAUGUGUCCCACUUCUAUCGUUCUUGCGAAAACAUUAUGGCAUACAAUUGGAUACAAUGUCUUUAAAGCAUUCCAACAAAUUUUAA